AUGGAGAAUAAUCUACCAGUCAAUAUUCGUGAGUAUCAAGAACUCGCCAAGAAAGCACUGCCAAAGAUGCACUAUGAUUAUAUCAAUGGAGGAGCGGAGGAUGAACACACAUUGAGGGACAACAUUGCAGCAUAUGGAAGAAUUUUGUUGCGACCUCGGGUUCUUGUAGAUGUCAGCAACAUAGACAUGUCAAUAAACUUAUUGGGAUAUGACAUGCCCUCGCCCAUAAUUGUUGCACCAACGGGAUCACACAAAUUGGCAAAUCCAGAAGGGGAGGUGGCUACAGCAAGAGCUGCAGCAGCAUGUAAUACCUUAAUGGUGCUAUCCUUCUCAGCCAGUUGCAAAAUCGAAGAAGUUGCCUCCAGUUGUAAUGCCAUUCGUUUUUACCAGUUAUAUGUGUUUAAGAACAGAGAUAUUUCAGCAACAUUGGUACAACGGGCUGAGAGUCAUGGGUUCAAGGCAAUUGUUUUGACAGUUGACACUCCUAUGCUCGGUCGACGUGAAGCAGAUAUCAGAAAUAAAAUGGUUGCUCCUGCGAAUGCAAACCUCGAAGGUUUGAUGCCAAUAGAUGAUCUCGAUACGACGGACGGGUCGAAGCUUGAGAAGUACGCGCGCGACACGCUGGACCCGUCUUUAUCAUGGAAGGACGUGGAGUGGCUGAAAUCCAUAACCAGCCUGCCCAUUCUACUGAAGGGCAUCGUGACCGCCGAGGACGCCAGGAAAGCAGUGGAGGCCGGGGCAGCCGGCAUCAUCGUGUCCAACCACGGCGCUCGGCAGCUCGACUACGCGCCGGCCACCAUAUCCGCCCUCGAAGAGGUAGUGAAGGCCGGUGCUGUACGGGCUGGCGGCGAGGGGCCAGGCGGGGGCGAAGCACGUGAUCGAGAUGCUCAACAGGGAGCUGGAGCUGGCCAUGGCGCUCUGCGGCUGCCGGAGCGUCGCCGAGAUCACCCGGGACCGCGUGCAGACCGAGGGCGACCGGUUCAGGUCGCUGCUCUGAUGAGCGACGCGCGCGGCAUUCGCAGCACACUGCAUACUGUGAAGGACACGCUGCAUGUGCCAACGCCGGCAUCGAUCAUUCGAGAUGCUGGUAGUAAACUAGCUAAGGAUCUGUAA